AUGUGUCUUCCUUCAGUUUCAUCUAGUAAGUUGGUGUGUCAUAUGACCAACUGGGCCCAGUACAGACCAAGUGCUGGCAAAUUCACUCCAGACAACAUCGAUCCCUUCCUGUGCACCCAUGUCAUCUACGCUCUGGCCACCAUUAACAGCUUCAACCAGAUCAGCCCCGUUGAGUGGAAUGAUCAGCAGCUGUACAGCAGCCUCAACAGCCUCAAGAAUGUCAACCCUGCUUUGAAGACUCUGCUGUCUGUUGGAGGAACGGUCAAUGGAGUCAGCCCAUUCAUUGCUAUGGUUGCCAGACCUGAGAGUCGUGCAGCCUUCAUCAGUUCUGUUAUAAGUUUCCUUCACACCCAUAAUUUUGAUGGGAUAAACCUGGACUGGGAAUAUCCUGGACACAAUGGCAGCCCAGUGGGGGACAAAGAGAAAUUUACUCUAUUGGUCACGGAGCUGGCCAAAGCCUUUGAGGAUGAUGCAAAAGACAGCGGGAGGAGUCAGCUGCUGCUGUCGGCCAGUGUUGCUGGAAUCCGUCAGACCAUUGACAGAGCAUAUGAAGUUAACAAGAUUGCACCACACUUUGACUUCAUCAACAUCAUGACCUAUGACUUCCAUGGACACUGGGAGGCAGUAACUGGACACAACAGCCCUCUUUACAGUAGCUCUGCGGACCCUGGUUCACAAAUUCAUUACAAUAUAAACUCCUCUGUAUUCUAUUGGAUAGCCCUGGGAGCACCAUCUGGAAAGCUGCUGCUAGGUUUCCCUACUUAUGGAAGAACCUACCGUCUUAGCAGUGGUGCUACUGGCCUAGGAGCACCAGCUAAUGGCCCUGCAGACCCUGGACCCUACACUCAAACUGCUGGAUUCUGGGCCUUCUAUGAGAUCUGUGACUUCAUUAAUACUGCUAGUGUUGGAUGGAUCUCUGAACAAGAGGUUCCAUAUGCCACCUAUGGGAGUUCCUGGUUGGGCUAUGAUGACAAGCGCAGCUAUUCUUCCAAGGUUCAAUGGAUGACUGCCAACAACUUGGGAGGCGCCCAUGUGUGGACUCUGGAUAUGGAUGACUUCAGCGGAUCCUUCUGCUCAGCUGGCGCAUAUCCUCUUAUCAACCACCUCAGAAUGUUGAUGGGCUUUACGCCAAAGCCCACCACCACGCCACGCCCUACCACCACUAGGGACCCAAGUGCUGACUUCUGCCGUGGCCGUCCUGAUGGUUUAUAUGAAAACCCAGCCGACAAAACCACCUUCUUCCAGUGCUUCCAGGGAAACACCUACCUGCACCGCUGCCAGCCUGGCCUCAUCUACUGGGACUCCUGCAAGUGCUGCAACUGGCCCUGA